UACAAACUUAUCAAAAUAUAAUUUUUCAUUACGACAUUAAUAAUUCUAUUUUAUUUCGUUAAUAAUAAAAUUUUCUGCAAUAAGAAGUCGCGCACGCGUGUGUAUCUCCAUAUAUUUUUGUUUUUUAAUAUUAUACAAGAAACAAAAUAUUUCGUGCCAAGUUUAAAAUGGAAAAUUCAAACUUCGAAAAAUAUUAUUGAUAUUGUCCAUUUUUGUUAUUGUUUGUUACUGUUAUUGUUAUUUAUAAUAUAGUGCAUACAUAGAGCAUUGUUGUAUAUAACACGUAUUGAUCUGCAAAAAGCACAAUAAACUUUUAUACUGUACGUUGAAACCGAUAGCACUCGCUACAGAGUUGUUGCAUCCGUAUUUAAAAAUAGAAGGGGCAAGUAGGAGAGCUCAGAGUUGUUCUGCAAAUUAAUAAAUGAGACGAACUAGAUAGAAGCUCUCGCGCGUCUGAAAAGAUGAAAUAAAUCAGCGCGCGGGCAGAAACGCGGCAAAUUGACUGCGCGCUGCGAUUUAUCAUAGCCGUUUCUCUCGAGGUAGUGCGCGAAUUUUUUCCUGAUCCCUUGCCAGGACGCGUAUUUUGGAGCACGCGUGAUAAAUAGUGAAACGCAUAUAUACGCGUAUAAACGCGAAUGGAAUAAACAAACGUGCACCAUUGCCGCCACAAACAUUUCGUUCCAGCAAUGUAUAGUUCAACGAUAACCGAAUACGAGGACAAUACAGACCGAAAGUCGGCGCAGCCGGGAACGGAAAAUGGCAGGGAUUCGAUUCUCAAUCAACCGCCGAAAGGGCACGUACCAGCGGAACAGCCAUUAAUUUGGCGCAAUAUCAUUGUCCUUACCGCUCUCCAUGUCUCGACGGUCUACAUGUUCGCCACGCGGUACGACGAGGGAAAAUUUUGGACCUGGGUAUGGGAAUUCUCGUAUGGACAUAUCGCCGGUUUCGGUAUAACAGCGGGUGCUCACCGCCUUUGGGCGCACAAGAGUUACAAAGCCAAAAUGCCACUCAGAAUAUUGAUGGCUUAUGUGUAUUGCAUGGCUGGCAUGACUCAUCCGUCUAAAUGGAUUCGCGUCCAUCGAACGCAUCACAGAUUCACGGACACGGACGCGGAUCCGCAUAACGCUACCCGGGGCUUCUUCUUCUCGCACAUCGGCUGGCUGAUGAUGAAGCAUCAUCCGGCAGUCAAGGAGUACGGCAAGCAAGUGGACAUGAGCGAUAUCGCCGCAGAUCCCGUGAUACGCUUCGUCGACAAAUAUUAUCCGCCACUCAUGCUGACCCUGACGUUCAUCUUGCCAGCCGUGGUACCGGUAUACGUGUGGAAUGAAACCUGGACCGUAAGCAUAUGGGCCGUGCUCAUCCGCUACGUGUAUCUGUUGAAUGCGACGUUCAUCGUCAACAGCUUCGCUCACAUAUACGGCAACCGACCGUACAACAGAAGUCUUAAGCCGGCGGAGAAUAAGACGGUGUCCAUGUUCUCUCUCGGCGAGGGCUGGCACAAUUACCAUCAUUGCUUCCCGUGGGACUACAAGGCCGCGGAGCUGGGCUUCUAUCGUCACAAUCCGACGACCGCCGUUAUAGAUUUCAUGGCUUGGAUAGGAUGGGCAUACGAUCUGAAGACAGCGGGCCCGGAGGUCAUCGACAGGAUCUGCGCGAGUAAGGGUGACGGCACGACCGGCCACUCGAGACGUCCCCUCAAACCGAUAUCCUCGAGAUAAUAGCUCGGAUAAAACGAGAGUUAAAGGAAAUGAAAAGAAUAAAAGUAGAAGUAACGCUAUGAGAUACUCUGGGCACUUGGAUAGAGAAAAUCAAAUUUAUAUCGCACUUUAGCGAGUUUUUAGAUAGUUAUGUUAAAUUGUUGGUUGCACUCGAGCUUUCGAUUGUUUAUCCCGAUGUGUAGAACGGACGAAAAAGCGAGGUUGAUCUUUCAUAAAUUAAAUAACCGACUGCUUCCUUUUUAUCGAUUCGACGGAGUAAAUGAUGCAACUUUUCUUUCCAUUGGCCAUGUCCGCGCUACUCUUUUUAAGAAUUGAAAACUGACGUGAUUUAAAAUGCAAUUAUUAAUAAAUUAAGUAUUGUUCAAUACCACUUGCGCAUCAUACAAUUGUGUUAUAUAAAAUAGAAUUUUUAUGAUUCUAACUUUUCUAUGUUUAAUUUGGUAAAAGAGAAAUUAAUAUUACUGAUAAUAAAUAAUAAAUUUAACAUUAAAUAAUAGCAGAUACUUUUA